AUUUUCCCAUGACAGUAUGCCUUUAAGACAAGGUGUUUUAUGACCCCAAAUUCUUGUGUCUGCACCAGAAUGAGGGAACUAAUGCCCAUGCGCAAGUGCCCUACACAAUUAUAGAGUCAUUCCUUUAAAACUCUUUCUGUUUUUGGUCUUACUGUUCCUUAAAAGGUGACUCACCCCUUUAACCGAGUCAGCUCAGCCCAGGUACCUGCAUUUAGAAGUUCCGCUGAUUUCCCACGUGAUCUGGUAAAUCUAAUGGUAAAUAGAGACUGUGUGCCAGGGUGAGAACAGUAUUGGGAGAGGUGUCUCCUUCCUAGUUGCAGGCACAGGGCGGAGGAGAGGUGUGCUCAGCAGGACUGCUGUUAUGACGGGUGGAUCUGAGAUAAAAGAUGUUAUUUCAGCAGCUUGUGUGGGUGGAAGGGAAAGCAAUCUUCCCACUGCCAGGUUAGGAGCAUUGUGCCUCAUAAACUGCCACCGAAGGUCCUGCCACUGGGAAUCCUCACUUACUCAGGUGGGAUCGUCUCCAUCAACUGCAACAGGAUUUGGCUCUUCUCUCCUGGGACAAAGACUUCCCAAGUCUCUGCUGUACAUCGCACGGAAUCGGUCUGGAACAGUCUGAUGACAGUUUAAGUGGAAGGUUUCUGGUGAACAAAUCUCGGCUUUUCUGUGCAUCAUGGGAAACGACAACAGCCGACAAGCUGAAAAUGAGCAAGAAGCCAAUGCCGAUGAUUCCAGCGGGGUGUCCCGGCAGCAGCAGCCCAGCAACCACAAACUAGAGCCGUCUGAUACAGUAUCUGCCCUUACUCUUGUUCCCCAUCUGUUACAUGAGAGCAAGGAGUCUGCCAAGAGUAAAGAACGUGGAGGCAAAGUGGAAGAAACAUUUUGCUGCUUAAUUGCCGAGGAUCUGAGUGUGACUUCUGCUACUCCCAGUGGAGAGGUCCCAUUGCCGUAUGACUGGGAGGAAGGACAGCUGCUUCCUGUGGUUCCGUUUAAUGGUCUUCAUAUAGCAGGACUGGGAGACAAGGGACCAACCAGUAGCCCACACGUUGGAACCAUUAGUGAAGAAUCAAGGGAAGACCCAAACUUGGAAGAGGAAAUCGGACUUAUUGGGAUUCUAAAAGAAUGGGGAAAGGAUGUACUCCCCGAAAAGCUCCCUGUAAAGUCAAAUAACGAAUACGAGGAUUCCACUUUGUUUCCAGAGGUCGAAACAGAUGAGCCAGUCAGCGGAGGGGACCUACAAUUUCCAAGCACAUCAGAAGCAUCUACAGACUCCCAGAGCACUAUAGACAUAAAACCAGAAGCCAGUGAAUGCCUUACAGUUAAUGACAAGGAAAUUAAGAUUGCACUCCUUAGAAAGGAGAUAAGUGUCUCAGAAACACCCCACCAUAUACCAGAAUCCACAUUAUUAUCCACCAGGGAAGAAGCUCCAUUACAGCCAGAGGGAUUGUCAGGAAACUCAGACAACACUGGUGUCCAAACCAAAGGAGAUUCUAGAGAUUGUGCUACUGCUCAGGACACACAACAAGGUCUGCAGAGAUUUUCUGACAGCGAGCCUUUAACUACAGAUGGUAUGAAUACCCAGACAAGUGAAGUGGAAGGUUUAAUCCAGCCUUAUGUAGCAGAUGGCAGCUCAAAAAAUAAAGAUAGAGACAAAAUGCCAAUUCAGGAAGGAUCCUUCAUAGACAGAUAUGAGGGAAGUGAAGAAACCCCAGCGAUUCCAGAAUUGCCUCCCACUGUCGCAGUGCCACAGCAUAUGAUGCUUCCAGAAACAAUUAGCCAUAAGCCUAUUACAUCAUCCGCUGGGCACCAGGCUAUAGAGAAAGACAGCCUUAUACUGGGUCAGGUGGCUGAAUAUAUUGGUUAUCAAAAUGUCAUUGAAACACAGGCCAAGGAAACUGAUACCAUAGAUGUUCUCAGUACAGACAAGAUUGUUUCUAAAGGCAUGAAACUGAGGCUGAGAGACAAUUCUGACAAAACAGAAUCAGGGUUCACAAGUCAAGAAAUCAAUUAUGAUGCCAGUUUCAUAAUAAAGUCCAAGGAAAACAGCUCUGCAUUUCAUGUAAAGGAUGCAUGUUAUUCUGAAUUAGAUAUAGCAAGAGGCAAUAUUGACUAUAAGGUUCUUCCUGAAGAGGCCUCCUUAUAUGAUGUAUAUGGUCCAAACCCUGAAGAAGACAGUAAGAGCUUCAUACUUACAACUCCCAGUCCAUUUGUUCUGGAUUCAGCUUCAGAGAAUAGUGGCCUGCCUCAUGUUUUCACAGAGGGUGUUGAGGAUAAGGUAAAAGACGAUAAUCUUAAUAAGGUCAAGGAAAAGCCAAGUAAUCUAGAUAAGGCAAAUAUUUAUUACACAGAUGAAACACUAAGAAGUACAGAAAAGUAUGAAAAGUAUGAAAAGCCCAUGUUCAGUAUAGAAAAGGAACAGUACAAUGAGGGGUCAGGGAAAGAAGCAGAAACAGAGGAGGAAGGCACUGGAGCUAAUAGAAAGCAGACAUCUCCAAAGAAUGACAUAGUAGCUGUAAAGUCUGUAAUCCUAAAUGAUCCAUUACUGAAAGGGGCACUACCCUUUAUUUCAACAUCUGAAAAUAAUCCUGAAAAAGGACAAGAGAUGGAUACUGGACCCAAAGAUUCUAUGGAAUUUUUAGAAUGUUAUGAGGAAUCUAUGUUUGAGGAAGACAUAACUAAAAUCCAAAACACAGACACAACAGAGCAGGCAGAGAGCAGCAAUAAUGAUUUUGGGUUACCAGUUUCCAUUCUUUGUGAUGUGGAUAUUCUAAACCUCAAGCCACAUGGCGCAACACAGGAAUUAGCUAUAGUUCAGCCUACCCAAAAUUCUCCCCUUCCAACAACAGAAGCUGAAGCCUCUCAGUCCUUAACGGAAGAAAAUGCCAGCACAGUCCUGGGAAACAUGACUAUAAAGAAUAAGGAGGGGCCCCUAACCACAUCAAGUCAGCAAGGGAACGCGUCCUUAGAGGAAACACCCUUCCCAGCUUCUGAUAGUCUUUUGUACUCUGUCAAACUUUCACAAGAUCCAGGACUGCUGGAGAACCUCUUAAAUAGUGUUUCUGAUUCUCAGCUAGCAGUUGGUAAACCACCCAAAGAGUCUGGUUCUAAUUUAUCUAAUUUAAUUAAAAGGACAGAAUAUGGGGAGAAGGAGACUGUAAGACAAAUGGAAGCAUUCAGCUUGUUAUCUGCAAAUGCCAUUGCAACUGAUAUGGAACAGGUUAUAAGAGAAAUCCAGAGCACUGACGCUUCAAAAGAGCUGUGCACACAAGAAAUAACCAGUGUGGAGACACCUGUCUCGUCAGUUAUUGUGUCUUUUGUUAAUUCUAGAACUGAUGAGCUGCUCCCUCAAGAAUCUAUUGAUGAUGCAGCUCAUAAAGGAACUGCAAAUAGCUCUGAAGCAACCCUGUGCAUUGGCCAGGACACAUAUUCGGAAACAGAGUCCAUUUCAUCUUUCAGAUCUUCUGAACCCGAACUGAAGCCACCUCUUAAAUCUGAAUUAACACACCAGAGCUUACAAAACAUUUCUGGUUUACAGUCUUCUGUUGUUAAUACUGAGCAACUAAACAGGAGUCCUACAUCUGAGAUUCUUCUUCUAGAUGAUAGCAAGACAUGUGAAAACACAGCAGGAGCUCAAUAUUGCCACAAAAUAAUGUUAUCUAGAACAGAUUCCCCUGCAACAGCAUUCACAGAUGAGCUAGUAGAACUGUUAUUUGUAGACACCAGGACUAGUUCCAUAUCUGAAACCAUGGCAGGAACAUGUAAUAAUGUCCUUGUUCAAUCUCCUUCUGGCAGAUAUAUUCAACAGUCAUCCCUGGACAGCUGCCCAAGACUUCUAAACCAACAUGAUCCAUGCACGGAUGUAAAGCCUAUCAAUACUGCAAAUGAAUAUUCCUCUGGGACUCCUGAAACAGAGACUAAGGAACCACCACUGCCAGUAAUACCUGAAGGUUCUAGUAUGAUGGAGGUCGAUCAGUCUCACGAAAUAAACAAUAUACCUAGAUUUCUAGUAGCAGAGGAAUCGCAGGUUUCAAAAACAACUCCAGGAUUAAGCAAUUGGACAACAGAACCUAGAACUCUGGAAGACAACCUGUUAAAAACAGAUUGUACCGAGGUGGAUGACUUACAACAAGAUGGUGUCAAUAUUCAGAGUUUCUUUAAAGUUACAAAAUCAGACGUUAAGGAAGAUUUGUAUUUCCCAUCAUCCCCAGAAAACCAUGACAAUGAAAAUAAGAAACUUAUUGAUGGCCACAACAUUCAGUUUGUAGAUAACGCAGCAGAGGUUCUGUUGCAUGGUGGGAACCAAAGCUUUGAUACUGUGCAAAAUGACACCAAGGAAUUUCUAAUCUGUGCUUUUCCAGAUGUAGCACAAAAACAUAGUACAAUGGCUGUAAAAUCAGAGGAAACACUGGCCGCUGAGCAUAGUAACGCACAUAAGGAUAUUCACCCUGCAGAGAAGAAUCCUGAGACUGUUUGCAAAGAAAAUCUUGAAUUUAACACUGAAUUUAAUAAAACAACAGGAUAUGGUUUUCAGGAAUUUGCCAAUUUGCAAAACGACACUUUCAAUACCAAAGAAGACGGAGAGAUUUCAGUAGGACGUAAUAAUAUCCUGGAUAACAAAUCUGUUGCUCAAGUUCCUCAGCAGAUGCUGGCAUCCCCGGAUAGCCUAGGAGAUAAGGGAUUUAUUUCUCAAAUCUCAGAUUUUGCUUCUGUAGAGGUAGAAGAUUUCCCUGUGAAACAAGACACAGAAACUAAAGAAACGGAGCCAAGUAACGUAACCUGCAUUGUCUCGAACAAUAUGGAAACUACAGGAAAUGUAGAUCUAUCUGUAAAAGAUAUGGAAUGUGCUCCAUCUUCACGUAUGAAGCAGCUUGAUAAUGCUGCUACUGAUGAUCACCCAGAUGAAGGAGAAAUACAGGUCAAUACUCUCAUAUUAGAUGGACCACUCCAAUCCAAUAAGAUGAAAGAAGAGCUAACUCUGCCAGUGGAUAGAAGUAUUUUUACAGAAGCAGUUCCUGAGUUAUAGUUUUACCCAGACGAUACAGAAUUUCUUUGUCCAAAAGAACCAGAAAUACUGUUUGACAUGACAUACCCUAGUUCUAAAGAGACAGAAAUACUGUUUGAUAUGCCAUGUCUUGCUCCUUUAGAGUUGGAAUGUUCACCUGACGAACCUUGCCAAUCUACUGCAGAGAGAAAAAGUUCCCCUUGUGAUGUUAUUACUCUACCAGGGCAACUAUUGAUUCAAGGGCAGGAUUCAAACCUUUGGGAGUCAAAUUGCACAAAAAUAUUGGAUAAUUCAGAAAUUCCACAUCAAAAAACAGAAAUGGUUUCUGUAGAUACACCUGCUGCUAUAUAUGGUAUUAUGGAAAAAAUAAAACCUUCGUUGGAAUAUCUAAAACCAUCCAUAAAAGAAGCAGAAUUGGUCUCUUCACACUCUAUGAAGGAAUUAGAGCAGGAAAGUCCUGCACAGUCUGUCAGUGAGGAGAGGCAACCAGGUUUCCUGGAUAUUGAUACUCAAGAGACACCAGAACCAGCUUCUGAAGGCCCCGUAACUAAAAAGCAGAAAUCUCCAUCUCUAUUGCCCAGCAGUGAAAUUAAAAUUUUA